AUUAUUAUCUAUAAAUAAAAACUAUACUAGCUAAUUUUUAUGAUAAACCCGGUAUUAUCUCAGUAACUGGAAAUACCUAACCGAAAUACAAACAAUCAAUCAAAAUGCAGAUAUCAAGCGUACGACCACGGUUGUAUUCAUACUGUACACAUAAAUAUAAAUUUAUAUAUUGUCUAUGCUUGUAUUGUAGUGUGCACGCGAUUUAGCAUGCGGCCGUUAUGAUAACAUUGAUUAAAGAUGACAUUAAUAUUUUUGUUUAAAUAGAUUUUGGCAUCGAUUAAAAAUCUAGACGCACGAAGACGUGUUAUUUUAUAAUUUGGUGACUGGUGUAAUGUGUUAACGUUUUUUUUAAAGUGUUUUUUGUUAGAGUAAUCAAUGUCGGAAAAUAAACGUAAAGGCGGAGCCCAAAAAACUAGGGAAAAAAAUAAAAAACUUUUAUUUUCACAAGCGAACAAAUGUAGACCAAUCUCGGAAUUAUUUUCAAUCCCACCAAUUCAAAAAAGUAAUAAUUGUACUACUACUAGUAAUACUACAAUUUCUAAUGCUGUCAAUGAUUGCAGUGUUGAUGAUACUUUCUUAAAUACUGUUGAUGUGAGUAAUCAAAUAUUAAGUAAUAAUUCAAAUUCUGAUGAAGUUGUCAAUUGCAAAGAUGUUAAUAAUACAUUAAAUAUACUAGAAAAGGAGAAUGUUAUGAAAGUUUGUGCUUUGGUUAAUGCUGAUGUUGAUGAUGACAAAGAUAUUGUUAUGGUUGAAGAUGUUGACAACAAUAAUUUGUUAGAUAAUAAUUUUACUUUAAAUUAUUUUCAAAAACCUAUGCUGUCUAGUAUCAAUGAUUUUUUUAAGUAUCAUCCAAAACAACCUCAUGUUGAAAAACUGUUUAAAUCAUCUAAAGCUUAUUUUAGAAGCAAUAGUAUUAAACGCCAGUGGCUAAGUUUUGAUAAUCAAUCAAAAAGCUUGUUUUGUAGUGUAUGCUUAGCUUUUUCUUCAGAACCUAAUCUAUUCACUAAAGGCUUAUCUGUUUGGACACAUGUAUACCAACGUAUAGAAGAACAUGAAGCUAGUAAAACACAUAUGUCUUGUUCUGAAUCAUAUCUUUUACAUACAAGUAACAAAACUAUUAAUAUAUUACUAUUUUCUGAUUUUAAAAAGAAAAAAAAAGAAGAAAUUAAAAAAAACAUACAAAUACUUCAGCGUGUCAUAGAUAUAGUAAAAUUAAUUGGUAAGAGAGGACUUAGUUACCGAGCUCAUAGGAACGAAUCCGCUUUGUCUUUAAAUAAUCCUAUUUUAGAUCAUGGCAAUUUUUUGGAUAUAUUGCUUCUUUUAAAAAAGUAUGACAUUGUCCUAAAUGAACAUGUUGAUUCGUUAACUAAUAAGGCUCAGCGUAAAGCAAAUAGUGGAAACUCUAAAGGAAAAGUUUCGAAGGUUACUUUCAUUUCAAAAACCACAGUCAAUAUGGUGAUCGAUUCCAUAAGUACCCUAAUUAAGAAAAACAUAUCUUCACAGAUUUUAGAGGCACUUAUGUUUUCAGUACAGAUGGAUACUACUCAAGAUGUAUCAGUACAGGACCAAUGUUCACUCAUUUUGUAA